AUGAACUCGAUUUGCUGCUGCUUUGGCAAAAACUCGAACGCUGUCGAUGAUGUUCAAAUUCCCUUGCAACCGAGCGCGCGCGCACCGUGCUUUGUGGCCCCAGUCCCAAAGCUCGAUUUGUCCGAAGUUGCCGACAAUGUUUCUUACGGAACUGGCUGUCACACUGGAACAAGAUCUUUUGGCUCGGAAAUAACGACUACGAGGACUUCAGGAAGCUCGUCCAGAUAUUGGGACACUGAGGCGAUCGAGCGACUGGAGACAGAGAAGAUCUGCCACAAGAUCAUCGACGAUUUGAUCAAUGCUCUUCCCAUUCGAACCAAGCAACUCGAUCGAGUUUUGUCUGAAGUGACUCUUUCGUCGCUCCGACCGACUUUCUCGGGACUUGAGCCGACGUUUACGUCGACUUCGGCAAGUAAUCUUCCAUCAACAAGGACUGGCAAAUCGAUCGAAAAUCCUUUCUUGUCGCCAGUUGGGGAAGCGACAAAGUCAAAAUCCCGAACUAAGGAAUACAAGAGAGCUCAGGGAAAAAUUCGAUUGUUUUCACCAUUUAUGGUCGCUGAUAUUUGA